GCCUCGCUCGAGGCAACAGAAAGUUAGUGUUACGACCACAAAACUUGUAAACAGAGAACCUCGCACAGGGAACAGUUUAUUUCAAUUUAACUACUUUCGAAACAUAAAAGAAUAAUUGCAUCAAUUCUCGUUAAAGUGCCUUUAUCAGAGACAAAGAGAAGAUAACAAAAAUUUCUAUAUCGUUCGUUGGGAAAAUCACAAGAUGGCGCUGUAACUGCAGCGUUGUCACUUUUAAAGGAUUUACGUGAUUGGUUCAUUUCUGUGGAGCUGAUUUAAAUUGAUUAAUGAUGGAAACGGAUCUGUCGGGUCAGAUUUAAGAUAGUGUGUGGCUGUGGUAUUUGUGUUGAAGUUUAUAUUUUGGAAUUUAAAAUGUCUAAAAUGCCUGGAUACGAUACUCACGACGAUGGUCCUGGCUUUGUUGGGAUCAGGUUUUGUCAAGAAUGCAAUAACAUGUUAUAUCCCAAAGAAGAUAAAGAAAAUAAAGUCCUCAUGUAUGCGUGCAGGAACUGUGAUUUUAAGCAACUAGCCGAUAGCAACUGCAUCUAUGUUAAUAAAAUAAUGCACGAAAUAGACGAGUUGACGCAUAUCGUAGCCGAUGUUAUAUCGGAUCCAACAUUGCCAAGAACAGAAGAGCAUCCGUGUCCAAAAUGUAACCAUCGGGAAGCUGUCUUCUUCCAAGCCCAAACAAGAAGAGCGGAAGAAGAAAUGAGAUUAUACUAUGUCUGUACGAAUCAGCAUUGCACACACAGAUGGACCGAAUAAUGUAUCUUAUAUAUUAUUCUAAUAUACAUUACUAGGUUCAUUACACAAUAAAGGAAAUUUCGAGAUAAAAAAAAUAUAUUUUAUCACUUUACCGACAAUUAGGUCCGGUUCCACAACUCGA